AUGGGGUUCCUCGGAGUUUUGCCCAUCCUGAUACUAUUCAUUCUCUUGGGGGGUGUCCAGGAACCUGGGCUGGUGGAGGCAUUCUUUCUAAGGCAGUGUCCCCGAAACAGGGUAAGAUGUGAAAUACAAGAAAGAGACCUAUGUACGAACAGCAGAGAUUGCCCAAGGAAGAUGAAAUGUUGCAUGUUUAGCUGUGGAAAGAAAUGUUUAGAAAUCAGCAAAGGGUCAGUCAGCUGGCUGGGAUAAAGAAAGCUGGAACAGCCUCCAGGAUUUGGCUCUUAUUCCAAGGAUCUCUCCAGGUGUGCCUGACAGAGGUUCCAUGUUGGCUUCUACAGGUCGAAUCUCAGCUGCGAAGACCUUGGAGGUUCUCUUGAGGAGCCCAUGAUUUGCUGACGUCCUUUCCUCCAGCUCAGCUACUCUUCAAACAUAAUGCCCUUCGCCCUUUGAACCCUUCUCAGCAUGUGACCCUAUUUCUUCAACUUUCAGGGCCCCCAUUUAUGGAACUUUCCCCCAUUUUGGAAACCUCCAGUUGCCCCCAAUAAAGCGCUCUGUGAGGUCUGAGUUGUCUGUGGCUAAAUAAUUCACAUCUGUUCCCUCUGCAGAGAACAUGUCAUUUGAUCUCCCAGUGACACCAACAGAGGGACAGAAGAGUAUGAAAAUCCUGUAGAGGGCUGGUGAUAUUUUUGUCCUGGUGCAAUUGCCAUAAAUUUGCUUAAGAAUGGAAACAGAGCAGGUCCAGGUUUUGUCUGGACUAAAGCUCACAAGUUCCUUUAAAAAGGAAUUCACAGUAAAUUUAAAAGUGAAUAUUAUUUCAAGUGAGAAAGGAAAUUGCACCAAUUGCAAAGUUUAAAAAGCUAGCUAGUACUACUAAUUGCACAAAAUCCAUUUAGAUGAAUUAUCAAUUUUUUUUAAAGUAGGACAUUAUUUCUGUAAAAGUCAAUGUCUAUGGAAAGAUAAUUCAGUCUUUGAUUUACUCUGGCUGAUCAAAAGAUGACUAUUUUUCUAUUUUGAUUAUGGUGGGGAUGCAUAAAUAACACAGCCAUAUGUGAUGGUUGUAGUUCUCCUGCAGGUUUGUGCCCUAAAGAUACAGGAAUUUUAAUAAAUUCUCUUUGUACAAUUCUAUCAAAAAAGAAGAAAAUGCAUGGUGCAUUUAAAAUUGUGCAUAUUGAAUUAUCAAGUAUAUUCUUGCUAGUAAAGAGCAUAUAUUCUUGGGAUGGGAUGUGGGAGGGAGGUUCAAGAGAGAAGGAACAUAUGUAUACCUGUGACCGAUUCAUGUUGAUGCAUGGCAGAAACUGAAGAGGAAAAGUUAAAAUUUAACAUAACCUCUUUCUCCCUCUGCCUCUGUAACUCAGCUUGCCCCUUGCAAAUUGUAGAUCAUGUAGGUCGCAUAGUUUCGGAAAGUGGGGACUUGCAAUACUAGGAACUGGAGUUUAUCUCACUCACGCUUAUCCUGCUGUUUGUAAUUGCCCAGCCCCUGCAAACCUGCUUAAUCAUGCCUGUCCAGGUCAGGCACCCCCUCCGCAUCUUGACUGCUAUUCCUGUGUACACGAAACCCCUUAGUUUAAACCAGCCUAUUAACAGCUAGUGUUGCCCACUACAGUCUGUCUACAAAAACUCUGUAAUCCCUUUGUUCGG